AUGAGAUCUCAUUCAUUUCUUCACCUUUUGAAUCGGUCCGCAGAUCGAAGCGCCUUGAGAGCUUCUAAUUGCUGGGAGCAAUCCAUAAACGCAGAAGCCGGUCGGUCGGCGAUGGGUCACGAGAAGACCAAGUUCAUCGGGACAGCGAUCCUCAUCUUCAUAAUGACGUUUUGCCUCACGAUAACUCUUUUGGUACUGUUUAAACCCAUCGAGACGAUUCCCCUUCCUGUUAUUGAUCGCUCUGAAAUGAUGUUCCUAGCAGCUAUAGUGCUGCACGGAAAUGGUGGCAGGUCACGAACGGAAGUUCUAAACGAGAUGAUGACAACGUUAUUCCCGAAUGGACCAAGCCAAAUAGCCGAAGUCGAUUUUGAGGACACCUUCAAUAUUAAGAUCCAAACACAUUUGCAAAAUUGUGAGGUUGAAAUCAAACGAAUAGCCAAUAAAUGUGGAAGGGACCCGCCGACCCACACGAACUGGACAACAUUUGCCGGAUUUGUUUACGAAUGUAUUGGGUUGAACCGCGAAAGCGAUCUCUUCCCAGACGCUGAAUCCUUCUCUAGACUUGAAUCACUCAUUCGAAUGGAUCGCAACGGUCUCAAAAUGCCAGAUUGGUUUGAGCACAACAAGAAACAAAUCUAUUCACUCUACGAAAGAACGUACAGUUUCAUCGUUGGUGUAAAUGAGUAUCAUGACGAGAAAUUGCUGAAAAUGAAACAAGGAUUUCUUAUGAGCAAAAUUAUGAAAAUUCUCUGGAAACAAUGGGAGGAGUAUGAGAAAAAUGGCCAGAUUAAGAGGGGGAAGUUUACAGCUUUUUACACGCAAGAUUGGUUACUGUUGGCAUUUCUUCAUUCGCUCGGAUGUGGUGAAGAAGCCCUGGGUUCCACAAUCCCCACUUAUAAUUCUUCGGUGAUCAUUGAGACGUAUGUGCGAAGUAAGAAACCAUUUCUUAAGGUACUGUAUAAGGAUAACAUAACAAUUCCUAAAGAUGUUACUAGCGCUGUUCGAAGUUGUACUUUUGCACCAUGUCAUCUUAUUGAGUUUUCAAGAUGCUGUAAAGAAUAUACGACCGAUGAUCCGAGGAAAAUAUGUGACGCGAAUCCAACAUGA